CCGUUUCCGACGGGUGACGGUCGACGGGGCGUUUGACCCGGCCGGACCGGACCACACUGUUUGACUGUCACCUCUCGGCUCUCCAACCGUCCUAAAGAAAUCACCGCUCAAUACGAAACUGGCUUCAUUGGAAUCAGGCUUCCAUGAAAAGGUGACAAAUACUGGUUUGAUCAUGGAGCUACAGCCCAUUCACUAUGAACCAGGAAGCUUCAUUGAAACUACGACUGGCAACAAAGUGAGUCGCCAGUCGGUCCUUUGUGGAUCACAAAACACCAUUCUGACCGGCAAGAACAUUGUUGACGCUGGCGCCAUCAUACGCGGCGAUCUGGCCAGCAUAAGAACUGGAAGAUACUGUAUCGUGGGGCGCAAGGCGGUGCUGCGUCCCCCGUUCAAGAAGUUCAGCAAGGGCGUGGCCUUCUUCCCCACCCACAUCGGCGACCACGUGUUCAUUGGGGAAGGUUCGGUGGUGAAUGCCGCCUCCGUGGGCAGCUACGUCUACAUCGGCAACAACUGCGUCAUUGGCCGUCGCUGCAUCCUCAAGGACUGCUGCUACAUUGCCGACAACACGGUGCUAGCUCCGGAGACGGUGGUGCCCUGCUUCGCGCGCCUCGAAGGAUCCCCAGGCCGCUUUGUCGGUGAGCUUCCCGAAUGCACUCAGGACCUGAUGGUCGAGUUUACGCGAAAUUAUCACAAAAAUUUUGUGGCGAAAAAGUGAUGAAAAUCUGGCAGAGUUGGUUAUAUCUGACCUCAAAGGACUGGAGUUGGGUGGAAAAUGGACACUAUAUCUUGCAGUUCAUAACUCUUGCUUUUAUAAGAUUGUGAAAUGGUGAAGUCAUGAUGUGAUGUGUUUGGGCGUGGGUGGGAUGUGGAAAAACGGUCGCCUGUCUAUUUUGUGCGUUUGUAUUUAUUUUGCUGUGAUUUGUGGAAUAUCAGUCCUGUGUCGAGGUGCGAAUUUCACCCUUAACGAUCGCUUCGAAUUCGCCAAUUGGAAUUACUUGGCUUGUAACUGAACGUCCUUACUCUUAUAUCGAUGAAUGGUAGGUACACUCGUAUCUUUCAAAAAGCCCGUAGAAUGUAUCAUUUCUGAUGCACGUUGCGUUUUUCAUUCUUCUUCUGGAAAGUUUUUCUAUGAAAAUUGGUCGUAAACCACAUGUACCAACAAGGGUUUCGUUUUGGUAGCGUGUGCCGUUUGAAAAUGGGUCGAUCGUAAAUAGUUAGGGGUGAUCUUCAUAGAUCGUGGAAUUGUGGAUGAUAUCAGCGUGAUCUAUUACUUUCCAAUGUGGUUGUUGCUUACAUGGGCUUUAGUGUCUGUAGGAACAUGCAGCGGUAUAACGGUACAUAUAUUAUAAUGGCCCUCUCAAGUCUCACUUUGUUCGAAUCCAAUUGAAAUUGAUGU